AUGCAGCCAAGUUCGUCCGUGAAGAGUCGUUCCCCGGGAGAGUUGAAGUGCAGGGUGAGGAAGUCGAGGGGUGGUGAGGGCCGGAGAAAGAGGAAAGGAAAAGAGUUAACAGGGGGGGAUGCGUGUGGUGUAAUGGUGUCCCAGGUGGAAGUAGCGGCAGAAUCGUCGGCCCCGGUGGAAGAAGCGGCAGACGCGGCAGCCCAAGUGGAAGAAGUGGUAGAAUCGUUGGCCCAGGUGGAAGAAGUGACAGACGCGGCAGACACGGCAGACACGGCAGGCGCCCCCGCCGCUAAACACACGGAAUCCGUCUUCCGCGAACACGAGUGGAUGGGCCUGAUCCUGCAGAUAAUAGAGAACGAUAAUUUCGAGCUAGCCCAAAAGUUGAUGCUCUUGAUUUUUGAGAAGGAGGAGGAGUUAUACAAACAGUUCGCAGACGUGGAGAGGAGUGACGCGAGCACGUGUGACGAUUUUUCCCCACUCGGCGGAGCAGAUGAGCUGAGCCGAGCAGAUGAGCCGAACCGAGAAGAUGAGCCGAACCGGGUAGAUGAACCGAACCGGGUAGAUGAGCUGAGCCGAGCAGAUGAGCUGAGCCGAGCAGAUGAACCGAACCGGGCAGACGAGCCGAAGAACAGUUCUGUGUGUAGUACAGGUGGUGCACCGAAGCAGAAAAAGGAUAAGGAAGUGUCUCAUUACAUGGAGCAAAUUGUGCACAGCUGCCCAUCAGACUGGCCCCUACUAGACAUAGCCAUACUGAUAAUCGUCUCCCAAAUAGUAUGCUUCAUUUUUACCCAUAACAAAUGGAAGCACUUUUUUCAGACCUGUUCUCUCUUUGAAAAAUUCUGCAUUCCCAUUUUGUUGAACUCUUCUAUAAUUAAUGCAGAGAAGAAUGGAACUCCAAUCUUGAUGUUUGAGCACGAUUUUUUUUGCAAAAUAUUGACCACGAGGAAUGGAGGAGAGUUAUCCUCCACAGCGAAUGGAGAGCUAUCCGCCACUGCGAAUGGAGAGUUAUCCGCCACUGCGAAUGGAGAGCUUUCCUCCACUGAGGUGAAAUCCCGCUGUGAAUACUUAAAGAAUGACCACGUGGGGAAAGAAAUGACAAUUUUGGAUGUGAUUUUCUUGGCCUUGGCUUCCUACAUCACCGUCAGCCAAAACUUAGAUGAGUAUGUCGAAAGGAACAACGUUGCAUAUUAUUUGGACUUGUUUCGUAAGAGAGCCCGUAAAGGGGGGGUCGAGGAGGAGAGGCGGAGAAGGAGAAAGAGGAAGGUGUCUCGUGUGAGCAGUGAAAUGAGGGGGGGCCUCCAAACCAGGGAAGGUCAUCACCAAAGCAAGCUUAGCAGCGGCGAAACUAGGGCAGGUAGCCAAAGGAGGCCUAGUAGACAUUCCAAGUACACAGCAAAAAAGCAGCGAUUUUCCGAACCCCUGCACCAGAAUAAGCGAAGUGAGGAGCAAUACCUCUGUGAGAGAACGAAGAGGAGAAGAAUGACGUAUGAGAAGAAUGUGAAGCGGAGGCUGAGCAUUCUGAGGACAGCCAAAUGUAUCCCUGCAUUGGGUAAACACUCGAUGCGUAGAAGGAGUGCCUAUCCUGACGCGUGGCAUGGGAAGGAAAUACCCAAAGGAGACAGUGAAAACAGGCAGGAGGAUAAUAAAAUGAGCAAAUUCUUCCUCUUUAGAAAUAAAAAAAUAGAAACCAUUGUGCAAUACCAUACUAGGAGCCACUUAGAAAAAAUGUUGUGCCAUAUUGUUAUCGAAAUUUUCAACUUGGUAUAUGCCUUUGGGGAAUACUCCGUGGAGAAUGUGCUUAUCAUUAGGAAGUUUUUCCGCGUGUUUUUAAACUUCGCGCAGAAGAGAUUCAUCGGCUUGUCUAGGAUAUACGACAACUACUACAACGUGUGGAUUUGGGUGGAAAGGAUUUUUUCCCAAAACUUUUACGAGCUGAACAACCUGCUGUAUAACGUAGGCCUGGAGAAAAGCAGCCUCGUGGGAGAGGUCAAUCUAAGUGCCAACUAUGCAAAGAUAGAAACGAUUAGUAAAAACGUGAAGAGAUUUUCCACAUUGCAGAGGAGGAACUGUUCCGUGUUGAGGAGGUACUGGGCGACCUUCGGGUCCAAGGAGGGAAUUGCAGCAAAUGGGGAAAGAGACGUAGUUGGACUAGUUGGAGUAGUUAGCGAUGGUGAUGGUGAUGGCGGAAGGGGCAGAACGCUACCACGGUCAUCUCUGGAGACAUCCAUGGAGGAGGCACCCACCGGUUUGAUGUCCCACGAGUGGAUCCCGAACGGAGAGCUAGACAAGGAAAACUUGCGAAAACAUAGAAUCCUGUGCAAGCUCGAAAAAAGAGACCACUCGAAGGAUAGACUAACCCUCCACUUCUUAAAUGCAGUCGAGUGUAUCUAUCAUGUGUACCACUCAAUGGAAGAAAUUCCUUCUUUUCUUCAAUUAAAAAAAAAAAAAUAUUUUUCAAACUACAUGGGUAGUAGCGAAAUGGAAAAUGGCAAAGGAUCAAUGGGGAUACCUUUUUUGAAUGGAUCUACAAAUGAAAAAUGCGAUUUGGAGAGAAGCUAUUCGAGUCCAAGCCAAGUGAUGGUACUUCUGAAUCAGUACAUGGAUGGUAGUAAUAAGUACGAGAGGGGAGUGAAUGCCCAUUUGGGAACGAGGACUAGUGUAGAGGUGGAGGAUAAGAACGAUCACUGGAUUAAACAGCUAAAAAGGAGGUUAAAAAUAUAUGACAUACAAUGGCAUGAAGAAUAUGAAAAGCAGUAUGUAAAUUUGGCUAGCUCCAUGAAAAAGUUAAAAAAAAAAUUCACAGAAAAAAAGCUGUUUUGUAAGAUCAUGGAGAGUAAUGUAAAUUCCAUUUGGCUAGACAAAAAUCAGGUGUAUCUUCAAUACAUCCAAAUAACCAUCAAUUGUAAAUUUAUUUUGGGUUGUUCCUAUGAUGAGAUUUUUGAGUUCAUAAAAGGGAACUAUGGCUUUGUGUUUAACAUGGUGGAGGAGAGACGGAGGGGCCUCGCAGGGUGUAGGAGUUCCUCAUCUGAGGGGAAUGGAAGGAGAAAAUUUCAAGACGAUAAUUUUCUACUCAUGGCAUGGGAAAUCGCGAAUUUUUACUUUUGCAUUUUGUAUUACAAAUUUGAGUUGAAAGAAAUUUUGCAAGAGUUGCUAAAGUGGAUUUCUAUUUUUAGUGAACUGGAGGAGGGAGAUGAUAGGGAUGGCGACAUGGAUAUGCAUAUGCAUAUGGGUAGGGAGAGUCGCGUCGGUUCCUUGGUGACCUACCGGCAACGGUGCGUAUCGUACGCCGCGCACAUUUUGAUCUUCCUGAAUGAGUACACCUGCGCACAGAGGGUGCUUAAGCAGUUCUCGCGGGAGUUCCUGCGAAAUGUGCGGCAGGGUCAGCGGGGAAAUGGCAACCCCCUAGGCAGCGCUCCGUUAGGCAGAGAUCCGAUAGGCAGCAAUCCGUUAGGCAACGACCCGUUAGGCAGCGAUCCGUUAGUUUGCACCCCCUUAGGAGACAACCCGCUGGAACCCCGCUGCCCCAAGCAAAGCAGACCAGCCAUCGUUCCCACAUGCGAAAGAACAGCUCUGCAGGUGCACACCAUGAAUAAGUGCUACCUGUACGACAAAUGGAUCAAUUUCAUGAUUAGGAAGUACAACCGUUUGAUUCCGUUUCUCCUGAAAAAGAAAAAUAUCGUGAAGCUAAUUCUUUUUAAUAAUAAAAAUGUAAAAAUCCUGCUGAAGAAGAAGAAAGAAAAAGUGAUCACAAAAAAAGUGAUGAGUAAAAUGCAGCAACUGCAGAAGGUUGUUUUGUCUCUCUAUUGUCUCUGCGUUAAGCUGUACAAGGGUUAUUACGACCACGCGUCCAUUUUGCAUUUCAAAACUGCGCAGCAGUUGUUGGCUGCUUCGAAGUACUUGGGCAUUCAUAUUAAAGAGAGGGAGUCCGUAACGAGUUAUUUCCCAUCGGAGGGUGCUCAUGGAGCUGAGGUGAAAAUGGGAAGGACGCUUCUCAACGAGUUGCCCUACCAUAUGGCUUCAAACAACUUUUUAAGAGCGGAUGGUGAAGGGAAUUUAUUUUCGGGGUGCUCUUUUGGCGAUGCAAUGGGUGCAUCCCCUGCGGGAGGUCGCGCAGCCUCCGAGUGGGCUUCCCCUGGGUUGUACUUGCGUGCGGACAGCACUAGUCCCCACGCUAGUCCUCACCUGGGGAGGAAAACCGACUGCGAUGAAGACGUGCAAAAGGAGGGCAGCCAAAAGGAGGAGAGCCAAAAGGAGGGCAGCCAAAACAACGAUGACAUGUUCUACCUUCACGCGCUUGUUCUGAGCAUACAGAUACAGUACACUCUCUCGGUGUGCAUCAUAAUCUGUGCAGAUUUGUUCAUCUCCCCGGCGAAGUUAAAUCGACUCGCGGGUGGAAGGCGAGCCAAUAAAGACCCUCCUGUAGUGAGUAAGUCGACGCAUCCCCCCUUCGUGCGAUCAUUAUUUAACUGCAAAAUUUUGCGCAAGCAUUAUAGAGUUAUAAAUGGGCACGAUUUUGUCAAGGGGAAAGACAGCAAUUAUUCAAAAAGGAGGAGGAGGAUGAAGAAGAAGAAGAAGAAAAAGAGGGAAAAAAAAGAACCUGUGAGUUGUGGUGGUAUGGGGCUGUCUGGACAUAUGCACAUGUACUACGUUAACUAUGUUGGUGGUGGGGCCAGCAAGGGAAGCCACAGCGAAGGCUUCUUCUCAUCGGGGGUGGAGUUACAAACGGAUAAGAAGGUUACCUAUGGUGUUCAGGACGUAGGUAGGUUGUGUGACCAUGGAGAGGAGUCACACGUAGGAGACAGCUCCAAAGAUUCUCCCACCGACUGUUGCGGGGACAACCAGUGGAGCAAUCAGCCGGACCGGGACUGCCUCUCUGACGUCGUAAUGGAUAAAACGCAUGACUUCCUGGAGGGGGAAUGGGCGUCUCCACCGAGCGGCUGGCCCGGUGGCCACCUGAUCGGCUGGCCCAGUGACCGCCUGAGUGGCUAUCCCAAUGGCUACCCAAGUGGCUACCUCAACGGUUACCUUAGUGAGUGCCUGCCCGGCCGCUACGAAAAUUUCAAGAGGUCAAUUUUGAAAAAAAGGGGGAGCAACAUGAGCGUCCGUGAUGGAAAGUUAAAGCAGAACGGGGAUGACUGCGCAGUGCGGACGUGCGGUCCAGACCCGGUGGACACAAGAAACGCUUAUCACAUCCUAGUGCAAAUUUCGACGUGGCUAAGUAAGAACUCCGCUGCGCAGCUCGCGUGGAUUGGUCAGAAGCUUUUUAAGAUGUGCCUGCCGGAACUGCUGUGCAUCGUCCUGGCCCUCCAAGCCAACAUGUUCAUGGGAAAGAACAUUUUGACGAACAUAAAACGAAUCGACCGCAUACUGAAGCUCUGCGCGGAGAGCCCGCAGCUGGUUUACUUCGCCGCGGAGUCAUUAAAAAACCACAGAAGUAAGACAAAUAGGAAGACAUACAAAAAUUACUUUAGCAUAGGAAAAAGGUACAAGGAAAUUUUUGUGAAGAGAAAAAGGGACGUCAUCGACUCGAAGGAGGAGCUCUUCCAACUGUGUCGUCAUUUUUUACCACGCGAUGGGGUGGACAAGGGGGGCAACCACGACGAUGGCGAAAGUAACUCUUCUGCCAUGCUGAGUCUGAAGAGGUGGCUCCAAGGGGGAGCUGUGAAAUGGUUGCACGAAAGCGGGGAGCCGUCGGGGGACAACAGGAAAGAAGAGGUAACAUGGGGCAAAUUUCACCUGUCACACGAGUCGGUUGGGCGAAGGGCGAAAUGA